AUGGAUACAGAGGACAGACGAAGCGAGGUAAGAAAGGUCCAGUGAUAUUAAUAUCGGUUAAACCUUGUGUAUGAAGUUUCUUUUUCAGUUAAGAUCAAUUAAGAACCAUUGAACUACGCACUCAUAAAUAAGAGGGAUGAAGCAUUUGUAGGAAACUUUCACUUUCGAAGCACUUCUGCACAGACGUCGGAAACUGACUUUCAUUACAAAACAAAAGGAAAAAGUGAUUCAAAGUGCUUAUUCUCUGACUUAGAGCAGCGAUGAAGCAAGGAGUGAAAGAGAUGACGUCCUUGACGAUAGGAACGAUGUUGUUCAAGAUGAAAUAACGCGAAACAUCAGCGAUUCUCCACAACCAGGCGCAUCCGGCUUCAGUCCAACAGAAUUUUGCGUCUGCCCUGAAGAAACAACCCCUUUACUUGAUGUGAAUGAAGCCAUCUGCCCCCGUUGUGGGAAACUCAUCGACAAAACUGUAAAAGAAGCUACGACUUCAGCGACUAAUGAGCCGGGCGCAACAGCAAAUGGCCAUGUUGACGGAUUAAUUUCAAGUCUGGUACAAGGACUAGUCAUUGUUCCAUCCGAAGCAUCUCUCGACGAUGAGAUUUUUUCUUCAACACAAGAAAAUGGGAGCGUAGAUACAGAUCUUCCAUGUGAGGAGGGACAAGGUGGAAUCAAAAUUCCCGUUGAAAGUAAGUAACACAACACGCGUUGUGAGCCAUAAUUCACCUGAUUUGUUACUUUCUCGAAGAAAUAAGGAAUGCUAUUUGCGUAACAUUUCCGAGAUUCAAAACACCAUUAAACAAAAUUAAGACUCCGAAUACUAUUCAAUACACUACUAUGGACACAAAUCAUCUACCUACUUUGCUAGCAUUGCUAUAUGGCUAAUCUAAUAAAGAUUUGAAGGUGUAAUAGCUUCUAAAGCAUUUAUUCCGUAGUCUCCUCCAGAACCUAAUAAGUCUAAACAUUUACUGAUGAUUAACUCGCAAUUGAGAGUAAACGUCCUCAGAGUGGAGAAUAAAGUUUAAGAUGGAAAUAACAGCUGUAUAGAUAAAUAAAAUUAAUACUUCUCUAUACUAUUUGUACCAAAAAAUGCCCCUCUAAAUCUUGCUUUUUUGUCUGUAUUUCACAAGUCAGAUUUGACUUAAAUCAUACUCAGUAGCCUGAAUAAAAUACAGCUUAAACUUCCUAAGUAAUCGUAUAAAUUCACACAAGCAGAAUUACCACUCUUUUAAAAUAGAAAAAAAGCAGUAUCCCCGAUGUAUAGUUUAACAUCCAAACAUCUACAGCUGCAAGGCGCUAAGUCCACUUUGAGAAGGUAAUAGCAGAUGCUUAAGAGGGUUAAGUUGGUUGGUUGAAUCAGGGAAAUGCUUCAGCAUCCUCUUGCCUCCGAAAUUAUACUUAGUUCUUAUGCAAGUUUUUGAAACAGAAUUUUCAAACAUUUUUGGAUUGAUCCACACAAAGAUCCAAAGAAAAGCUCCAAAACAGGAGAAAUCUAUACCAGCUUAAUUGACAUAUCAAAACAACAACAUAAACAACAAUAAUUUAUGACACAUUAAGACAUUGUGUGACAAUGCUGUGAGAGCUUAAUAGGGAAAUAUUAUGAAAACUUUUUGCUUCUAUUGUCGUUGUUGAUAAACUUGUUAUUGUGUUACUUUAGAACGAUGCUAUCAAUUAUCACCUGUAAGAUGCGACAUUACAAUUGUCAAGACCAUUUCCUUAUGAUUGACAAAUGUAGUCAUGUACCUGUUAUAUAAAAUGUAAUCGCUUAAUUGUUCUUUUAGGCACCUCACACCCAUCAGUCCAAGUACCAUGUUCACCUCUCCUUCUGAAGUUCUUUGUGCUGAAACAAGAUCAUAUAGAUGUUAAUGAAAUGUUAUUUUCAUUACAUUUCAUUGAAUAUUCGGAACAGGUAUAGAAAACUGUUAAUACGACACUAACAUAGUAUAAUUGGGCAAAGCUAAAAAAAACUAUCUCCAUUGCAAUCCCAGUGGACUCAAGGAGUCAGUCUCAGAGCCAGUAAUUUUUACUACCAACUUCUUUAAAUGUGAAGCUCACUGGAUUAUUGCCCUAUAAGGUCAGCACUCUUAACCAUUACCAGUAUAUAUGCUGCCAGGUUGAUACCAUCACUGCAUUGUUGAAUUUUCUGCCCAUCAUUAUUAACACUUGAAACCAAUAAAUAUUUGAUGAAUGGAGAGAUAUUGUACUAACCAUCAGCUCAAUAACCUUACAUAUUUGACAAAUUCUACCAGGAAAUGCUCAUUCUUUGAUUUGAACUACAUGUACUAAAUCAACUUCAAUGAUUUUUCCCCUUUGCUUAGGGGAGGGUAACUUCAUCUGUAAGACAGUUGGAGCAACACCUGGGAAUGAGAUUUCAGGUUGUCCCACUUGGUGAGGAACAUUCUACCCAAGCAGAGAGUAAGCAUCUCCACACCAUCAAUGUAGACCAACAAAUUACAGUUAUGUUUCAAUUGCUGAAACAAUGUGAAAGAAAAUUCAUACUGCGUGGGGACACUUUCGAGGUAAAGCAACUAUAGUAAAAUAUUCCAUAAGAAAAUGUUAUGAGCAGGAAAAAGGACCACUCAUUAAGUUGGGUGGUAUCUUGAUUUUAGGGAUCUUGCAAACACUAGAAGAAAGGGAAGUAAGUGAAUAAAAUAUUACUGACAAUGAAGGGGGGGGGGUUACCUUGGUUGGCUUAACACAUGAAUAAUUAAUCUAGGAUUUUAUAUACACUCUUUUUGUAUAUUCAAAAUAACCUGUAAAACUAUGUAAGACUUGGUUCCUUGGGUUGAUAUGCAACAGUCUCUGACACUUUUUUUUUGUGAAGAGGAUAGCAAGAACAAAUAUUUUGUCUUUAACAAGGUCAGAGUGUAGAGACCUAAGUUUCUCAAAUUUUUCCAGAUCCCUGCCCCCCCAAAGACUGACCAACAGCUACAUCCAAAACAAAGUAGACAGCUGACUAAUACAAUUGUUUCUGUGAUUUCAAGAAACACCCCAUAAAACAGAGUGGGCAUUAGGGAAAAACCUCAAUAAUUCACUGAAACUAUAUUUUUUACUUACUUCUCCUAAACAUUCUCAGGUACCUUUGAUACGUAUAAAGUCCUUGUGCCAGAACAGAAUUCCUGGUUCUGUAGCUCAAGUUUGCGUGAUGCCUAUUUGUGAACCUGGGGAAGUUUGUCAGGAUCACAUUAAGAUGACAAUCAACACUGGGCAUACUAUUCACAUCAUGUUAAUUCCUAUCUGGGUAAUUAUAACCAUGUUUAUUAAAGUAUAUGUAUGAAUUCACCUCAGCUUUCUCUGCUAUUCUGUCACUACUAGACAAAAUACCUUUGAAACCUUGUAGAGGGGCUGACAAUGACCUUACAAAGUUUUCUAAACUAUCUACUAGGAAGAGGUCACAUAAUUAUAUUACUUUUAAUCCCUUUGUAGGAAUAUUUUGAGAAUAAUCAACGUUUUAAUUAUUGAAUAAAUUAAAACAAAAUUAAGUAUCAAGUAAGGGAAUUAGUAAUUGCUUUUUAAUAAAAUAGAUGGAGUGGAAUGAGUAAUUUCACAUGGAACGGAUUGCUCUGUAAUAAUUUUUUCUUCUUUCUUCCUUAGUCUUCAAGGCCAGCUGAUCAAGGAGAGUAAAAAAUGCCUCUGUGCCUGGUGAGUAAACUUAAUGAUUCAGAUUAAAACUCAACUCAAAUUAUUGGAUUAAGACUGCACACAAUACAAUAGUUUUGCUUUGUUUAAAUUUGAGUAAACUGUAACCAAACCCUCUUGUUCAAGCUUUUCCAGCUUAUAUUCAGGUGUAUAGAAUUACAAAGUAAUCAGAUAAUAAGUUAUCUUCCAAAGGACUGAUUAGUCAUCAGUAACAGAGAACUGCAACCCCAUGAUUUCUAGUUUAUCAUAAAAAACAAUAAUGUUGCCAUGAGUAGCAUUUUAGUGAUUUUGAUUUUCUCUGAUUAGCAAGUUCUCACUCUAACACAUUCACUAAGAAUAUCCAGAUGGAAUCUACUUGCUGGGAAAAAAUUUCCUUGAAUGAUAUCAGUGGAAUUAGGAAAAUUUGUGCCAUUCUUAACCAAUUUCAGGUUCAAUAGUUGCCAAAUUCUUGGAUGUUAUUUACUUGAUGUACUUUUUUUCCUGGCAGUAUGUAUUUGCAAUUUAACUUAUGGUAACAAAUGAAUGCAUGCAAAACUUGCUAAACAAAAAAACACUAUGCAAAAAGUCCAAUUAAUAAACAUUGUAAUCAUGCUGGUUACAAUGUUGCAGUAAACAAUGCAAACUUAUGCCCUGAAUAUGACCCCAGAUUUGAAAAUUUCCUUAUUGCUCGUGGUGCACUCAUGGAAUCCUUUGUCUAAGCCAGCUCAUUUUCAUGCAAUAGAUUUUUCUACAAUUUUCUUCAUCUUUCCCUAGGAAGUCCACCAGCAGGUCAUAGACUAUUAAUAUUACCACUUAGUAUCAAUUGCCAUUGUGAAUUUUUUGUAAAAUAUAGCUUAGCAUAUAAACAGAUUACAUAUAGUCAAAACUUGCAGUAGCAGCCCUCAUAAUCAAGCAUUAUUUACACAAUGAAUGCAGGGUAUCAAAAUGUCAGUUUAAAUAAUUACGUUAACUUUGUAGGUUAGCUGUGAUAUAAUCUAGCAACAUUAAAUUGAUUUCUUAGAACUAUGAAAUUGGGAAACCAUCC